GUGAGAAGUUGGUGGUUGAUUUUUGUGAGAACGAAACUCCGGCAAAACUGGACGAAAGAUGGGAGGGACUGUUUGAAAAGUGACGCGUGAUAAGUUGCUGCUGCGUGAUUAGAGCGAUCUCUCUCGAGGGAUUUGCGGUGCUUAUAUGGCAGCGUCAACAGUAUCGGGACAUCAUGAAGCCGUCAAGAAAAGUUCCGCGGAGCUUCUUGAUCGAAUUUCCAUGAACAGUUGCCCGCCGAGCAGUUUCCCAGACAAGUUCCAAGACUUCUUCGCCGCCCUUAACGAAGACUCUGACGACCUGCCCAGCAUGCUCGAGGACAAGUUGAUACCCAGGAAACAGGAGGCCUCGAACUCCGACUCGAAGAGCAGACGAUGGAGCAAAAGGGCGUUUCAGAGGAGGAGCAGCGAGGUCGAGGUUCGUCUGCGUCGCACCUCGUUGACAGGACCUCAAGGCCACUCGAGCGUCGACGGGCCGAAAUCACCAACGCCAUCCAGACGUCGUAGCUCCAGCAUCGCCGUGGCCAGGCCGACCCCGGACCUGCACAGGAAAAUAGUCGGGCCUUUUUUACACCACAGUAUCAUGCAGUUCCUGCAAGCGGAAGCCGGCCCAUGGGGUCAUUUAUCGCCCUCGCCGAGGAGCCCGACCAGAACGCCGGCGAUCAGCCCCGGUGCCGUCUCCACAUCGUCCCAUCUGAGCCCGAGAGCGAGUCCAGGCGGCCCGAGUCCAACAACUCCCCCUGGUCCAGCUCGUUCCGCCUCGGGAUCCCGUGGCCCGGCGCCACAGAGGCAAUACCGCGGGAGAACGAGCAGUAUGCCUGCGGUUCCACGACACAGGCCGAUGCUCGCUGAAACGAAACGUGGCGGCGCCGGCGGCGCCGACGAGGUCGAAGAGGACGGUGUCGAGUAUUACAGGCUCAGGUCGUUUUCCAUAACGGCGAACGGCGUGUACAACCUCGGCGACUCGUUGAAGAGCCGGCGCAGCAAGAGUAUCAACAGCGUCACGUCCUCGGGGACCAGCUGCAGCAGCACCAGGGAGGCCAGGUUAUUGAG